CAGUUGUGUUACUUACUUUUUCUAAGCCGUCAGCUAACCUAUACGUUUCGCUUCCACGACCUUUAGCGGCGGGAAAAUGGGUCGAGGUUGUACUACUUUUCUCGUCGUUGCGUUAAUGACGUUUAAUGUAAUAUUUCUCUUAAUUGGUGCAGCAAUCUUAUGUUUUGCUAUCUAUUGUUAUGUGGAUUCAUUAAUUCAAAACGCUGUAUCACGUUCUGGACAUGCGGAUAAAAUGCAAAAUUUAUUCUAUGCUCUUAUUGGUCUAGGCUUAUUGACCAUUGUUGUAUCGAUUUUUGGCUGUUGUGGUGCAUAUCAUGAAUCGUGUUGUUUACUUGGAACUUAUUCUAUUUGUUUAACAAUUAUGUUCGGUGUGGAAUUAGCCACAGCAGCAUUAUGUUUAGUAUUUAAAGUUGAAACAGAAAAACGAAUUAUUCAAGCUUUAGAAAAUAUUAUUAUGCAAUUUAAAAAUGAUACCAUUGAUGAGAAUUCUAUGGAAAAAAAUGAUUCUUAUCGUGAUUGGAUACAAAGAAGUCUUCAUUGUUGUGGUAUAAAUGGAGUGGAUGACUAUCCAGGUUUAACUGUUCCGUCGUCUUGUUGUAUACCAAAGCAUCAAAAUUGUCCAAAUAAAUCUGCAUCAUAUUCUAUAGGUUGUAAACAAGUACUCAAUGAUUUGGUCAAAGAAAAAUUUCUCACUGCAAUUAUUCUGAUCAUGAGUAUCCCGUUAUCAAAGCUAUUCGCAUUAUUAUUUGCCGUACUUUUAUGUUGUUCCGUACAACAACAACGUACUAAUCAUGUUGCAGCAGUCCAGUAUACUGAAGUACAAAUGAAUGUUUGAAGUAUUCGAAUAACCAGGAAGCACAAAGUGGGAAGAUAGACAAACACAUAGCAGAUAGACAGACAGAUAGACACACACAGAGUGAGAGAGAGAGAGACACAGCAGCUUACAAAACAACAAAUCCAAAUAUCUCUGUAGUUGUUGUUGUUGUUGUGGUUUUAUUAUGAUGAUUUUUUUUAAAUGUGCGCUUUUAUCCACUUCCUGUCUUUCUCUUUACUCUACUCUACUCUACUGUACUGUACUCUACUCUACUUCACUCCACUCUACUGUACCGUUCUACAGAGAGAGAUUGUAAUUUUUAAAACAAACAAAGCAUCUGUACAACAUAUUUAAUUUUAAUUGUACUGAAUCAAUCUUAUUGAAAUCUUGUCAUCAGGUGGGAUACAUCUUGUAUACAUGCGCAUAUACAUGCACACAGACACAUGGUCAUUCGAUGGUUUAUCCAAACGGAGACUUCAUCUUUUCAUUUAUGGACAUAUUGUACUAGUUUAGCAUCCAUCUUAUCAUUAUGCUACUAAGUAGGUGUGUAUGUGUGUACUGUUUGUCUACUGUUGUGCGUUUCGCUCUCUGGUUUUCUCCAACUUUCUCUUUCCUCCACACACACACACACACACA